AUGAGCGCUUCGCACAUUGAUGGCGCGGACGACGAGCCUUUGAGAGUGCGGGACGCAGCGCACCGAGAUGUGGACACGCUGUACAAGAGCAAUCUAGGUGAUCAUAGCCUCGAUUCCGCAAAAGGGCUCAUCGGCGAGGCGGACGGAGCACACUUGGACGCCAAGAGCGCCGUGCCUGCUGGCGAUGGGGUCGCGGAUGAAGAGCCGCUCUAUGUCAAUGCGAAGCAGUAUCAGCGAAUUUUGAAGCGCAGAGCGGCUCGUCAGAGGAUAGAGAGAAAAAGAAGAAUAGACAUAGCGAGGACCACGCUGAAGAAUGCCAAGGAUGCUGGCGAGAUGGACUUGAGCAGCUUCGAUCUGACCAAGCCGUAUCAGCACGAGUCGCGGCACAAACACGCCAUGCGUAGGCCGCGCGGACCGGGAGGACGUUUCCUCACAGCAGAAGAGAUCAAAGCCAAAGAGGAGCAAGAGGAGCAAGAGCAAGAGCAAGCUUCAGGGGAACCAGGAAUCAUCUUGGACGAGAGGGACACGUCGCACGAGACUGCUGGGCUCGCGGGGCACGAAGAUGCAAAGCACGCUUUUGGCUUUGAUCAGGACGAGACUUGGGCUCUGCACGAGCAGGACGAUUCGGCUCGUCGCGAUGGGCAUGUAGACCAAGACGACCUCGAGCUGCUCAACUUUGAUGUUUAA